AUGCUGGGAACAAUAUCGGGGUUCCAGCAGCGUGUCAAGGAAGUAUCUCCGAAUGCCAAGGGGAUCCAUUGUAUGAUCCAUCGUUUUACACUGGCGUCGAAAACCCUCCCUGAUGAACUUUGCAAGAUCGUGGAGGCAGUGGUCAAAUGUGUCAACUUUGUGAAAGCUGGAGAUCUGAACUCUCGCUUUUUCCAGAACCUUUGUAGAGACAUGGAUUCAGAGCAUAAAGCCCUCCUCUUUUACACCAAAGUGCGCUUGCUUUCCAAGGGCAAUGUUGUGAAUCGAGUGUUUGAACUUCGGGGAGAGCUUAAGUUGUUCCUGGAAGUGCAAGGGAAAGAUGAUCAAUUAAGUCACUUCAAUGAGGUGUUGUGGGAGCCACGUCCUGCAUAUUUAGCAGAUAUGUUUGAGCAGCUAAACAGGCUGAAUCUCAAGCUGCAGGGCAAUGAUAGAAAUGUGUUUCACCUCAUGGAUUGUCUUCGUGUAUUUCUUGCCAAGCUCCAGAAUUGGCAAAGGAAAGUCAAUGCAGGAAAUGUUGCCAUGUUUGAGAAUCUUUCAACUGUUCUUGAUGAGAAUGAAGAUCAUCUGCUUGACCCAUCACUCAAAACUGAAAUCACUCAGCACCUGAAAUCCUUGGAAAGUGAGCUCAAAAAGUAUUUCCCAGAAUUCGAGGAGGAAGAUGGGAAAUUGGUGAGGAAUCCUUUCUCUGGCACUCUUGAUAUUGCUACCAUUCCCAAUGAUGUUCAGGACGAAUUUCUUGAUCUCAAGAAUGAUUCUGCUGCCAAAGAUCUCUAUGAAGAAAGAUCUCUGACUGUAUUCUGGUGUGACAGGGUGAACGUAGGUAGUGGCAUGACAGGAGGUAUGUGUCUAGAUAGCAAAUCAGCUACCACGUUCGCACGACCCGGCAAAUACUUGAAGUCGGUUUGCGAAUUCCUGUAUGGUCAGAUAACAGCGUGCAAGACGCCCUAA